AUGAACCAAAGAAACAACCACCAUCUGAUCCUUUUCCCUCUACCCUUCCAAGGCCACAUAAACCCGAUGCUCCAACUGGGUCGGAUCCUCUGCGCCCGAGGCUUCUCCAUCACCAUCCUCCACACCAACUUCAAUGCUCCAGAUCCGUCCUCCCACCCUCACUUCACCUUCCGAUCCAUCGGUGACAGCUUCGACCGAUCGGAGGCCCCCCCAUCGGACAUCCCUGGCCUCCUCUUGCUCCUCAACACCCGGUGCGCAAGCCCCUUUGAGGAACGCCUGCAGGAAAUGAUGUCAUCGCCGGGCGGUGAUUCAGUGCCUGUCGCAUGCUUGAUAUCGGAUUCGCUGUUCAGUUUUGCGUGUGAUGUAGCUGAGAGGUUGAAGCUUCUUGCACAUGCAUCAGGUUCACAAUCCGAAGAGGCAGUGACGGAGUGUCCACCGUUACUAGUUCGAGACAUCCCCGGGAUCAAGUUGCAGAAACCUGAGAUGGCGUUGCAAUUAUUUGGUAACAUGAUUAAGGUAAUCAAGAGCUCUCCCGGUGUCAUCUUCAACACGUUCGAAGAGCUAGAGCACCCUGCCCUCAUGUCGGUCUGGGAAGUUUUGUCGGUCCCCGAUUUUGUGAGCUUCGGGAGCGUCGUGGUCUUGAGCGAGUCAAAAAUCUCGGAGAUCGCACUAGGCCUAGCCGACUCCGAGCAGCCCUUUUUGUGGGUGGUCCGGCCGGGGGUAGUCUGCAAUCUGGAGUGGCUACAGAAGUCGCCAAGCCACUUCCUUGAGGCGCCGGAAAGGAGAGGGAAGACAGUGAAAUGGGCACCUCAAAUGGAAGAGUUGGCUCAUCCUGCUGUGGGAGCAUUUUGGACCCACAGUGGUUGGAACUCGACUUUGGAAAGCAUAAGUGAAGGAGUGCCAAUGUUGUGCAUGCCUUUUCUGAUCAAGGAGUGA